AUGGCGAUAUCCAACGGCGUGAGCGACGGCGCUCUGCUAUCGAAACCCUCCAACGAAGAACCGCCAACCCUCGAGCGAACACAAUGCGUAUACAACCCUCUCCACACCUAUCUCCUACCCCGCGGCGAGGCGAAGCAUUACCAGCAGCAAUAUGCCGAUAUGUACUUUGCCCGACUAGCCCAGCUCAAGCCCGCCGUGGAGCGAAUAGCAUCCGAAGCAUUCUCUGAGUUCGAGAUUGCGGGUCAGGCGGCAAAGAAGGUGGACAGAGUGCUGGAUGUUCGUCAAGGGAAUUUGUGCUGGGUGAUCGGCACGGUGUACAUGGAGAUGCCAUUGAAGCCGAAUGUUUUGGAAGACAUCGGCAAAGAGCAUUGGAUUGCUGCCCCUCCACCACGGGAGAAGUAUGCGGGAGAGGGAGAGCAGGUCAUGCUGGAAGACGAAAGUGGACGACUGCGGUUGACUGGAUCUUCGUUGAAGGAUUGGUUGCUGGUGACGGGUGCUAUCAUAUCAGUAUUAGGGACUGAGAACUCUGAUGGCGACUUCGAGGUCUUGGACAUGAGAGUGCCAGACCUGCCAAGACAGCCACAGAGGUGGGAGAGGGACGAUGGAGAGGCCGCGAAGAAAGGCAAGAGCGUACUGAACCAGACGAGGUCAAGCGGCGGCAAGGUUGCCAUAGUAUCUGGCUUGAAUAUCAGUGGCGAAGCUGGAGAUACGCUGUCUCUCGAUCUUCUGCUGGAGUGGCUCCUGGGUGAAGCAACAGGAUCGGCUGACCAGACCGAGGCCGCGAGUGUUUCAAGACUGAUCAUUGCUGGAAACUCGCUCUCGCAUGCCCAGCCCAUCCCCUCGCGAGAAGAAGUCGCUGCGGCGAAGAAGACGGGCAAAAGGACCUACGGCUACGACGCCUCAUCCUACAACGCUGCACCGACCGACCGACUGGACACUUGGCUAGCAUCUCUGCUGCCGUCGAUACCCAUUACACUUCUACCUGGCCCCACGGAUCCCACAUCGACCUCAUUGCCUCAGCAGCCGAUCCAUGCUGCCAUGUUUUCUCACUCAAGAGCCUACAUUGAGAACAUUCAACCCAGCAAAACAGAUCCACCCAACUGGUUCGAUACAUCGACAAAUCCGUGCGAGGUCGAUAUCGACGGCUGGCGAUUCGUUGGUGCAGGAGGGCAGACGCUCGACGACGUAUACAAAUACGUCAAUGGCGAGGAGAGACUGGAUAUGAUGGAAGCCAUGCUGCGGUGGCGAUUGACUGCACCGACAGCACCUGAUACUCUCUGGUGCUACCCAUUCCAGAACGGUGAUCGCUUCGUCAUGAAGGAGUGCCCGCACGUCUACUUCGUUGGGAAUCAGCCACGUUAUGAGACAGCAACCAUCGAAGGACCCCAAGGCCAGCAGGUCAGGCUCGUUGCGGUACCGAAAUUCAAGGAGACUGGCGAGGUCAUCUUGAUGGAUCUGGAGACCCUCACACCUGAGGUGGUCAAAAUUGAGCUGUUCGACAGCGGAGCUGGUUGA